CUCACACAGCCAGUGUGUGAGCGUUGGCUGUCGAGUGAACUCAGUCUGAUCGAUGCUCCAGCAAUUAAUCAACUCCAAUCAGCUCCAUUAACGAGGCGGAGAGAGUUCAUCUGCUCCUCCUCUUCUCCUCCUCCUCCUCCUCCUCUCCUCCUCCUCAUGUGUGUGUGAGCAUCAGCAGCAUCAGCAGCAGCAGAGUGUCCACAGCUGCAGACAUGGACAUGGACAGGAACAUAGGAGUCUCCUUCCUCGAUCCUCUGGACGAUUAUGAGUUAAUUCACCGGAUCGGCUGCGGCACCUAUGGAGACGUGUUCAAGGCUCGAAACAUCAGGACGGCUGAACUGGCAGCGAUCAAAAUUGUCAAACUGGACCCAGGUGACGACAUCACGUCCAUCCAGCAGGAGAUCACCAUGAUGAAGGAGUGCAAGCACAAAAACAUCGUGGCCUACUUCGGCAGCUACCACAGGAACACAAAGCUGUGGAUCUGCAUGGAAUACUGUGGUGGAGGGUCACUCCAGGAUAUUUAUCAUGUGACGGGUCCAUUAAGGGAGAAACAGAUCGCCUACGUGUGCAGAGAAACGCUCCAGGGUUUGUACCACCUGCAUGAAACUGGCAAAAUGCAUAGAGACAUAAAGGGAGCCAACAUCCUUUUGACAGAUAGAGGAGACGUGAAACUGGCUGACUUUGGCGUAGCAGCAGAAAUCAGCGCUUCGGUGGCUAAAAGGAAGUCAUUUAUAGGAACUCCCUACUGGAUGGCUCCAGAAGUGGCUGCAGUGGAGAAGAAGGGCGGCUAUAACCACCUCUGCGACAUCUGGGCCGUCGGCAUUACCGCCAUCGAGCUGGCUGAGCUCCAGCCACCCAUGUUUGACCUGCACCCGAUGCGAGCGCUGAUGUUGAUGUCCAAGAGCAACUUCCAGCCUCCCAAACUAAAGGAUAAAUCAAAGUGGUCUGCGGGUUUCCAAAGCUUUGUGAAGAUGGCUCUCAUUAAAAACCCUCGUAAAAGGCCUUCAGCCGAGACGCUGCUGCAGCAUCCAUUUGUGACUCAGCUACUGACUCGUAACCUGGUCAUCGAGCUUCUGGACAUGGCCAACAACCCAGAGCUCCACUCCUCACACACACACAGCCUGGACGACAAUGAAUUUGAGAUUGGGGAAAUGGCUCCAGACAAGAUUCAGUCUGCAGGGAAACACCUGCCAGUGGAGAGGACGCUGUCUGAAGAGCAAUUUGACCAAGUGAAGUUCAAACCCCCGCUGAGAAAAGUCACAGAGCCGUAUCCUGAAAUGGUCUCCUAUGACGAUGACUGGAAUCUGUCUGGUGAUGAAGACAACUCACCGAGCCUGUUGGAAUGUGUCGAGCAAGCUCUGCAGCUGAGGAGUUUAACCAUCAGGAGGGCGCCAUCUAGUGAUGGAAACAAGAAGAGCAGUCUCUUCAGUCCGUCCACAGCGUCUCUGCCGGCCUUCAGCUUUUUGUCUCCCAGCACAGAGGACAGCGACCCGAUGCUGAGGCCGACCUGUACACUGGGCCCCGACAGCGUUGUCGCCACUGACUCCGCCUCCAACACAGAAGCACUGACCAGGUGCUCAGCCAGUCAGGACAUCAGACAGCGCUGCAGUGACCCAUGUCUACCCGGGGGGGGCGCUGUAACGGCAGAAAAGAGGAAGGCCACCACUGUCUCAUCUCCAAAGCGAGAGACACCUCUAUCCCCCGAGUGGAGCACACUAAGGAAGCAGACUGAAAACUCUAGGGCUGAGUGUCAUGGACUUCCUCCCACCCCUCAAGUCCAUAUGGGAGCGUGCUUCUCCAAAGUCUUCAACGGUUGUCCUCUAAACAUCAACUGUGCUGUCACCUGGAUUUUACCCAAGACAAGAGAUCAAUACCUGAUUCUUGGAGCGGAGGAAGGCAUCUACACACUGAACCUCAACGAACUUCAUGAAGACACACUAGAGAAGCUGCUCCCUCAGAGAUGUACAUGGCUGUAUGUCAUGAACAAUGUGCUGAUGUCUGUCUCAGGAAAGUCGUCCCAGCUUUACUCCCACAGCCUGACGACGCUGUUCGAGCAGAAAGGGCAUGUGCCCAAGAGACCCGGCAGUCUGUCGCUCGGCACCAACCGCUUCACUGAGAGGAUCAGCACCAGGAAGUUUGCCAUAUCUGUGAAGAUCCCCGAAACCAAAGGCUGCAGAACAUGUAGUGUAGCAAGAAACCCAUACACAGACAGCACGUUCCUGUGUGCGGCUGUCCCGUCCGGCCUGGUUCUGCUGCUGUGGUAUGAGCCUCUGCAGAAGUUCAUGCAUCUAAAGCACAUGGCGAUGAAGCUCCCCGACUCUCUGCCGGUGUUUGAGCUGCUGGUGUUGGUGACAGAUGAGUUUCCUCAGCUGUGCGUUGGUGUGAGAGACUGUAGCAACGGGAAGCCUCCGGCCAACCAGCAGCUGAAGUUUGACAUCAUAGAGCUGAACGGAACGCCUGUGUCAGUGCCAGAUUGUGGAGCACUUAGAGCAGUGCAGGUGACACAGCUGGACAGAGACACUGUCCUCAUCGCAGUAGAAAAAACAGUUCGCAUCGUGAACCUCUGUGGGCUUCCGUCCAAAGAGCUGGCUGCUGAAAUGGUCUUUGACUUCCCCAUUGAAACACUAGUGUGCUUACAGGACAGCGUCCUGGCCUUCUGGAAACAUGGACUUAAAGGGAAGAGUUUUCAUUCAAAUGAGACAACACAAGAAAUAACAGACGAGAGUCGCGUGUUCAGAGUGUUGGGAACAAACAGGGACAUCAUCCUUCAGAGCACACCAACCCAUGACCCGUCAGCACUGAGCAACCUGUACAUCCUCACCGGACACGAGAGCAGCUACUGAGAAGGAAACAAGACAUUGUUUUCUCCUUCCAGAAGUCGCGUCCAUGCGGACUGAAGCUGUAGCAGACACACACACACCGACGAACAACUGAUCACUCCACCUCUCUGCUGUGAAUGACUAACGUCAGUGUGGGGACUCAGUUGUCCACUCAGACUCAAGACUCUGUUCUGUGGGGGCAACAAGACUGCGAAACACUGACUUUCUAACUCGUGAGUUGUCCUAAUUAAAACUGCAAAAGCCAAGAUUCUCACGUAAAAUCAAGUCGCCCUCAUACAACAUGAACCGCUGCUGUCAGUACAGACCAUGUGAUGCGUUCCAUUUAAAUUGGAAGUCGGAACUGGGAGUGAUGUCACCUCUGAUUUGACCGCGAUCAAGUCAGAAAAAAUCAUUAACACGGACACUAAUAGCGUAGCCACAUGUCCACCAGUACAAAUUGGACAGUACUAUGUGAACGACUGACUUAAUCUGAAACAAGUAGGACAGACGUGGAAUUAUUCACAUCUGUUUCUUUGCCAAAAGGGAGCGCCCACUCUUUCUCUGCCUCCAGUGAUUUUCCAGAAUGAGUUAAAUUCAAGAUGCUUAAUUAAUAGCAAAACCAUCCUAGUCUUUCACAUCACUUUAUACAGGGUUAUUAUGGAAUUACUGAUCAAUAAUGUGACUGUUGUUCACAGACAGCGUGGCCCUGUACUUAUGUGCGUCUAAGACAAAAGUUUUGUUUAUCUCAAUAUCUUUCUAUAGAUCCAUGAAGAUUAAAUAGAGUUGCCAGAAAAACAAAGAACUCAAUAAAGUGCUAUAAAGUUUUGUAUUGCUGAUGAUUAGCUGUUAGCUGUCUUGUAUAAAGUACAUGAGUAAAAGUACAAGUAUCUUACCAGAAAAUGACUUUGGUACACUUUUUAUGAUAUUACUGAAGUAAAAGUCUUUAAGUGUAUGACAUUUACUGUACUUAAGUAUGAAAAGUAAUUUCUGAUAUAAAAUGUACUAAAGUUUUAGAAGUAAAAGUAUGGAAAAAGGGAUUUUUAGCUCAGAGGUAGAGCGCGUCGUCUCCUUGAAGGUUGUGAGUUCAAUUCCCAGCUCCGCUAGUCCACAUACCGAUGUGUCCUCGGGCAAGACACUUAACCCCAUGUUGCCGUGUGAAUGGCUAUUAAAGGAGUGUGAAAGAAACAUGCACUGUAUGUAUGGGUGAAUGGCAAAAACUAUACUGUUAAGUGGUUAUCAAGUCUAGAAAAGCGCUAUAUAAAUACAAACCAUUUACCACCUCCUCUUCUGAUUUUAUUUGGUAGUAACGAGCACAAAAGAUAGUUAGGGGAGAUGUUUUGGAGUCAAAGUACACAAUUUUCUUUUUUAAAUGUGAAGUUAAAGUUGCGAGAAUUAUAAAAGUACAGAUACUUGGAUUUUGUACUUACAGUACAACACUGGCUGUUAGCACUCAGAGGAAUUUCAGACAGCUGCAUUACCCUCUAAAACCCUAAAAGGGAGCAUUUAUUGACCAGUUAGUGUGAUGCUAACUGUGCUGUAUAUAUGUACGUUUACCUGCCAGCACAAUACUAAAUGGACUAAUGUACAUGUUAUGCAUCAUGUUUGGAGUUUAUAGAUAGUACAUUA